AUGACGUCCGGGAGAACAAUGUUUCCGACAAUUGCACCGCCGGCCUGGCCAGCCCAGCUGCAGUCAUCAACCUGGUCCGUCUCACCAACAAUCGUAGACGGCGGGAGUCAAGGGCCCACCCUCAACCACACCGUAGCCCGCUACUUCGCGCUGGCGUCUUUUCGAGGCCUAUUCACAUUCGCCGGGUUCGUGUUCCUGUCGCCUUUUGUAGAAUCACUGGCGCAAAACGCCGUCAUCCUCGCGUUCCUGCUUCUCGUGGCGGAGCUGCUGACCGCGCACCGGUCACUAAAAGCCAGCGACAUGGAAGCCAAGCGCGCCUGGACCAUCGCCAACCUAGCGCUGUUCAUCGCCGUCUUCAUGUCGUUGAUCGUGGGCAUCGCGGCCCCGGCGUCGCUGAAGCCGUUCCCGCCUGGUUCUGAUCGCAGAGGCGAGCCCGCUCCGCUAAUCGUCCGCACGCCCACCAUAUGGGCCUUCUUGGCCACCGUCGGUGCAGGCUUCACCCUCCCGGCCGUCCGCGUGCGAAACUGGCGUCGCGGACUGGACAGCGGGGUCGACAAGUUUCCCGGCGUGGAUGCCCCCGUACACUCCCCUGCGUCCACAGCGGUGACUUUGGGGUCUGAAGGCUUCGUUGGUGAGCCGGCAGCUCUGGAGCAGCCGUAUUCCGACUCACCAGAUUCUCAGCGGACGGAUUUGUCGGGAAUGGAAGGGGAGGGUGGGGCUUUGGCGGAUGCGUUUGCUAUUCAAAACAAUGCUUGA